AUGCAUCGUCUUUUUGCUGAGCUGGAGCCAUCUUUAACCGUCACAGAGCAAAACCUGGCAGACCGAGUUCGGUAUAUCUUGCGCUCAAAUAUAUUUGAUGUCGCCGAACUCGAACGGCUACGACGUGAGGCUGUUCCCUCGUCGGAUGAGAAUGCUACGGCUGAGGAUGCGGCGCCACAAAUGGUAGAGCAACCCGCAAACGUGGAUGCCGCCGUGAAUACCCCAGUUGUGGUUGAUUCAAACGAUGAUGGAACAGUCGCCCAGGAACUGGAAUUAGAGCAUAUGAGGAGUACAUUGGAAGAGGCGAUUGUGGAAACGCGCAGUACGCCUCUCGAAAAUCGACCGCGACUUCCCCGCAUAGCCCUAAGCAAGCGGAAUCGGGCUGUCGUGAGGGCUCUGAACCCAAUGCUGGUGACCUAUUUGGAAGCCAGCCGGGACCUUUGCGAGACGGACUCAAUUCUUUUUGGCGCCGCGCUGGCAGUCUGCCGUAUCCUAGGCGCCAAGGUUUCCACGGCUGGACGCGCUACUGGCCAUAGUAGCGCUAUCCCAGCAUGGAGAAGAAGAAUUGAGGAACGUAUCGCAAAGGCUAGAGCUCUCAUCGGCAGACUGAUAUGCUUCAGAUCAGGCAACAACAGGCCAAGAAUUGUGCGCACCGUCAGGAUGGCGUUUGCUGGGACAAAUGUCAGUUUGUCCCAGCCGGAUAUAACGCAAAAACUGACGGAGAGCAUAGAUGAUCUGAAGCAGAGAAUCGCUGCUUGGGGAAAACGGAUUCGGCGAUAUACCGAGAGGUCGACUCGGUUCAACCAGAAUCGUCUCUUUCAGAGUGAUCACAAGAGGCUCUAUGAAUCAUUGGAGCGACCAAUGGUAAGUGGAACGGGUCCAGCACCGAAUCAGGCCGACACUGUAGCAUUCUGGCGCGGCCUGUGGUCAGAGCCCGUAAACCACAGCGAGGGCCCUUGGACGGAAGUUGUGGCGAGUCAGUGUGCGGGUAUUACGCCCAUGGACCCCGUCAUCAUAACGCCGGAUGACGUAGCUGAGGCGGUCCGUAGGGCCCCGAACUGGAAAAGUCCGGGGCUUGACGGGCUGCAUCACUACUGGCUGAAGGGGUUCAUGACUACUUACAAGAUGGGUAUGACUAUACAUAGUGCCGAGUGGAAUUUAGUGCUCAAAGUAAUUAAAUUCUUUGGCAAUGAAAGACAACAAGGCUGUUUCAGUAUCCCGGUUGAACAAGCAACAAAAAGGGCAUGUGCAGCAACUGGUUUAUCUAAAACGAUCAUAAUGAAAAUAAAAAGUGAAGCAAAAAAGUUACAAGUUUUGUCAGAAUCAACUAGAGAGGCAAAUAUUCAGGAAGAUAUGACGUCCUUCGAAGAAGACCCACAACCUAGUACGUCAGCUUCAGUUACCACGGACACUAUUAUGCUCUCGACACCAGGGAAGAAGCGUAAAAAAUACAAAAAGAAAAUUGAUCUAGAUAGUUUUAAGUUAUGCGCCAUACGCUCUUUAGUUGAAAGUUUUUAUACCACCAGAAAAGAAAUAACUACAUUAAAAAGAUUUUGA